UAUGUUUUGCUAAUACAUGCUCUUAUCCAAAACUGGAAUCAACAAUAAAACUUUAUCACUUCUUUAGCAAAAGAGAAAAAAAAAACACUAACUUUAUCACACUACUCUGGUCAGUGGUCACCUUCUAUACAUUAUGCAUAUGCACACCCACACAAAGCUAACAUCAUCAUCAUCAUCAUCUUCAUCCCCAUCUCUGUUUUUCCAUCUCAAACCUCGAAUUUUCCAACCAAAGAACCUCUUUUCACUGCGACCAACAUUACCACCUUAUACCCCAACAACAACAACACUAAUGUCCUCUCUUUCACUUCCAUUACCACCAAAAGCGGUAUCUUCUUCUGCCUCUGAAAAUGGGGUUUCUACUCUGAUUGAGUAUGUGGGCAAGGGAGGAAUCGAUGCUGGAGAUGAUCUGGUUCUACUAAUUCACCAUAUCCAAUACGCUUGUAAGAGAAUUGCAGCUCUUGUCGCUUCUCCUUUCAAUUCUAGUCUCGCCGCCACCCUCAACACGCCGGCGGCUCCAGCCGGUGGCUCCGACAGAGACGCGCCGAAGCCGCUCGAUAUCGUUUCGAAUGAAAUCAUUCUGUCAUCGCUUAGAAAAUCUGGGAAAGUCGCGGUCAUGGCUUCUGAAGAAGAUGAUGCUCCCAUUUGGAUAAGUGAUGAUGGACCAUUUGUGGUGGUAACGGAUCCUCUAGAUGGUUCUCGAAACAUCGACGCCUCCAUUCCCACUGGAACCAUCUUUGGGAUCUAUAAACGCCUUGUGGAACUGGAUCAUAUUCCCAGGGAGGAAAAGGCUAUGCUGAAUUCUCUUCAAAGUGGAAGUAGACUAGUGGCUUCUGGCUAUGUUCUCUAUUCGUCUGCCACAAUAUUCUGCACCAGUUUCGGUUCAGGAACUCAUGCAUUCACACUGGAUCAUUCAACUGGAGAUUUCAUUCUUACACAUCCUAGCAUUAAAAUUCCUCCUCGAGGCCAAAUAUAUUCGGUAAACGAUGCUCGAUACUUUGACUGGCCUGAAGGAUUAAGAAAAUACAUAGACACUGUAAGGCAAGGGAAAGGCAAGUACCCUAAGAAGUACUCGGCUCGUUACAUCUGUUCUUUAGUGGCCGAUCUACAUAGGACACUCUUAUACGGUGGAAUUGCAAUGAACCCGAGAGACCAUCUUCGAUUAGUAUACGAAGCAAACCCUCUUAGCUUCCUUGUGGAGCAAGCUGGAGGCAGAGGAUCCGAUGGUAAGCAUCGGAUCCUCUCGAUUCAGCCGGUGAAGCUACACCAGAGGCUGCCUCUCUUUUUGGGGAGCCCAGAAGACAUAGAAGAGUUGGAGAGUUAUGGAGAUGUGCAGCAGAGAGUGAAUCCUGGUUAUGAAGUUUAAUCAUAAAUUUAUAAUAUAAGUAAAAUCACACUGAGGUUUUACUUGCUAACAUAACAUGUCAUUGUAACAUAAUUGUUUAAAUUUUUUGUAUAAUAUAUAUGAAUCUUCUAUUUCAAUGUAUGUAGUUAAGAUUUGAUGAGAAGAGGUUAGGCAUGAGAGGAUGCCUUGUUAUGUAAUUAAUGGUAUGUGUUAAAUUCUUUGGCUAAACUAUUCAAAAACUUUAUGAUUUGUUACA